AUGGCGGUAGGGAAUUUAUUCCUUCAAACUAAGAACCCACAGUGGGCUUUCCACUGCCUGUUCGGUGAAAUUUCCUUGACUCAAAGGCCCCAUGGUAGCAUCGCGUCCGGAGACUUGCUGACAGGUCUCUCUGUCUAUGGCGUCGAUCAGGCCCAGUGUGGAUUGCCAAUCAUCGGACGCAUGCUUUCUGCUGAUCCUUUUUACGUGAUAAUUUUCUUGAUGAACCCCGGACUUCUGUCUGAGUUGUGCUUGACACUUGGCAAAUGGCGAGAAUCGCGAUUGCGGGCUCCUGGAACCAGUAGCUUUGCAGUUGAUGCGGCUAGAUGCAGCUGCCACUACCACCUAAUAAGAUCCAGGAUCCGUACGCAAUGCAACGCAUCUGAGGGGAAUGGGCCAAAAAUCAGAUGGAAAAUCCAAGGGGGAACAGGCGCUGUACGGAGGAAACAAGGAAGCGUAAUUCUCAGCCGCGCUUUUACACAGCGUGAACCAGGGACCCUCAGAUUAUGCAUGGAGAGGCUGCGUAGUCCAACCAGAUGGGAAGAAUUGCUCUCGACGAUCCCUCUUUUUCAGAAACGACUCAUGCAUGCUUACUUUCUCAACGCCGCAUCAGCCCAGCGAUCCGAUCUCUGGCGGCCCGGCUUUGCUGAGGGGCAAUGUGAUGCAUCUCUCGGGCUAGGUCCCAGGAAUGCAGCAGCAGCAGCAGCAGCAGAAGCAGCAGCAGAAGCUAAAAGAACGAACAGACAGGGGAUGGGCCCUCGUGACACAGACCGGGGUUGGCAGCAGCAGCAAAAGCAGCAACUCCUCGUCGCCCCUGUGCGCCCUCCCCGAACAAACCCAAGCAAGAACACGCGACUAAAGAACGGGUACAGAAUAGGUAGGCAGCCUCCAAAAGCCUCAGUAUAA